AUGGAUGUGAUCACCCCGACCAUUUCAGAAAUCAGAGGGAGGACCUUGGAAGCCAGGACUCUGCAGGUAACUGCCGGCAGCCUGGACAGAGAGAAAGACCAGAGCAGAGCCAUAUUUUCUGGGUUUGCAGGAUUCCUUGCCGUCCUACUGACCACUCUGAUCUUCUACAGCCUAUGGAACUGGAAUAAAUGGAAGAAGCAGCGACACAUUCCUUACUUCCGAGUUACCGUCAUGCCCUUACUUUCUCUGUCUCGACCCAGACAAGGAGCCAAAAAUAUUUAUGACUCCUUACCCCAGAGGCAAGGAGAGCUGGGGAGACGGCAGUCAAGGAGUAACCAUAUUUUCAGUACCGAGAGCCUCCUUUCCAGAAAUUAUGAUAGCCCUCCUUCUGAUGCUGUGCCCUCCCAAGCAGGCAAUGCCCUCUGGCUGUACAGAGACCAUACUCAUGCCAACAGCUAUGCAGUGGGCAUCUAUGACAAUGCCACGGGGCUCCAGAUGUGUGGGGACCUCACUCCCUCAGCACACUAUGUCAAUGUCAGAGCAGCCAGAGACUGCCUGAGCAUUUCUUCAGAGGAUUCAAGAGAUUACAUCAAUGUGCCCACAGCAGAAGAGAUUGCUAAGGCUCAAGCUUCUACCGACAGCACCCCCACGGGCCUCUUUGCCCUCCCAAGUACCCAGGAGCUGGAGUCUACUGAGGAAAGAGACAAGGGCUGUGGGAAUGCCAGUGACCACAUCAGUUUUGGGUCUCUAAAGUCUGAAAGCAAUGAUCCACUCAGCGAUGGGGAAGACUCUUCGGAGACCUCGAAUGACUAUGUCAAUAUGGCAGGGCUGAAUCUUGAGACCAUCCAGGGGAAGCAGUCCUGUCUGGUUUUCCAGUGCUAUAGAGAUUAUGAAAAUGUUCCACCAGCACACACCAAUGGAAACCAGCAGCAGGGGGAGGAAGACGUGACAUCCUCAAACACAGAAGGCAGGAUGGACGGUCCAGGUACCCACCUCCAAUUUGUUGUGAAAUCAGGGAGUUUCCUGGCUCUAGGGGAACAUGUGACCUGUCAGCCAUCUGCACAGAGUGAGAGUAGUCAGAUGAAACACGAAGAAGACAUGUCAAAUGACACUUCUAGUGACUAUGAGAAUGUGCUAGCUGUCAAGUCAGAAGACAGGGACUCCAAGCAGGGACCAGACACAUAACUCCUUCCUGAUGAAUUAGGACCCAGAAACCCAGCUGAAGAGCUCUGUGGAGUAGGCUAUGCUUGCCAGACCCAUGGCCACUACCAGGUCUGGUAAAGAUCGCUGGCCAUCCUUAUAUAUCUCAGUGGUUCAUUCAGGUAGACUACAAAAAUGCUGAGACGCACAGAAGUUAGGGAACUCACAAAAGCCAAUGUCUGAGAAAGCCAGAAGGGAAUUCUUCUCAAGCAGGGUGCUAUUAUCUCUCAUACCAACCUAAGAAUGUUUGCUGAAACUCCCCUAUAGGACAAUUAGUAGAUUAAAAAUGUAGUAGUACUUUAGUGUACAGUGGAAACAUGAAGUGGUCUAAAAUCAUUACCUUCGCGGAUACCAGCAGGAUGCAAAGUGAGAAUAUGGAUCAGCUUGUGAUCCAGGCAGAGGCCAAAAAGAAUGGAGAAGUCGGAGUUGGGGUGGGACAGCAGUUUCCAGUUGAAAAAGGGUGUGGACAAUCAAACGCUAGGGAAUAUGUGGGACAUUAGAACUGUCUUUCAUUGUACUCUCCACUUUAGCAAGGUGACAGUUUCUCAGAAGCAUACACUUAUACAACCCAGCCAUUCCACUACUAGAUGUUUAUCCAAGAGAAUUGAAUAUUUGUGUUCAUACAAAAACCCAUACAUGCCUAUUUAUAGUAGCUUUUUUCAUAACUGCCAGAACUAGAAAUAACCCAGAAGUCCUCUAACACGUAAAUGGGAGAAUGAACUGUGGUAUAUCCAUGUAAUAAGGUUAUCUAUACUGAACAUAAAAAAGGAAUGAACUAUUGGUUUGAGCAACAACACGGGCAAAUCUUAAAUGCAUUUUGGUAAGUGAAAGAAGCUAGGCCUAAAAAAAAAUCUACGAAUUGUGUGAUUCCAAUUAUAUGACAUUCUGGAAAAGGCAAAACUUUAAGGAUGGAAAACAGAUUAAUUAGCGUUUGCCAGGUUUAGGCAAAGGGAAGUUUACUACAAAGGAAUUUCUAGGUUAAUGGGGCUCUUCUGUACGGGUACUGUGGUGGCAAAUGCAUGACUGUGAAUUUGUCAAAACACAAAAAACUAUAUAGCACAACGAGUGACUUUUAUUAUAUGUAAAAAUUUUUAAUUAACCACUCUAUCAGGGGAAGCCAUAAUGGAAUGAAGAUUAAGACAAACAAACCUAACUAUA